CAGACCCGACCAUUUGGAUCAUUUUGAUGGCUCAGCGUCUCAUUCAGUUUCCACUCACAUAUUCUUCCUCUCCUCAUUCGACGAUGACGUCUCUGACUCUCGGUUCCGCCGCCUCCCGCCUCCUACCCUCCGCCGCCGCCGCUAACUCCGCCGCUAAACUUUCCCUCUACUGUCCACAUUCUGUCAAACUCUUUCGAUCCUCUCCUCUCAUCUCUCACCUCUUCCUCCCUCAGAAAGGAGCUGCGGCGGCGAGUAGAUUGUUGCGGAGUAGAAGUUCAAGUUACAGCACGGUGACGAAAUGCUUCGCUUCGGACCCUGAGCAGUUGAAGAGUGCCAGAGAAGAUAUUAAGGAACUCCUCAAGACCAAGUUCUGUCAUCCUAUUUUGGUUCGCUUGGGAUGGCAUGACGCUGGUACUUACAACAAGAACAUAGAGGAUUGGCCACAAAGAGGUGGAGCUAAUGGAAGUCUAAGAUUCGAGAUUGAAUUGAAACAUGCUGCAAAUGCCGGACUUGUAAAUGCGCUUCAACUUCUGCUGCCUCUCAAGGACAAGUACUCUGGUGUCACUUAUGCAGAUCUAUUUCAGUUGGCUAGCGCCACUGCUGUGGAGGAAGCUGGUGGACCAAAAAUUCCAAUGAAGUAUGGAAGAGUGGAUGUCUCUGGACCUGAACAAUGCCCAGAAGAAGGAAGGCUUCCGGAUGCGGGCCCUCCAUCACCUGCUGCUCAUUUACGUGAUGUCUUCUAUAGGAUGGGUCUGAAUGAUAAGGAAAUUGUUGCACUUUCUGGUGCACACACAUUGGGAAGGUCAAGACCAGAGCGUAGUGGUUGGGGCAUGCCAGAGACAAAAUACACGAAAGACGGCCCAGGAGCCCCAGGAGGACAAUCUUGGACUGUCCAGUGGCUAAAGUUUGAUAAUUCCUACUUCAAGGAUAUUAAAGAAAGAAGGGAUGCUGAACUGCUAGUUUUGCCAACUGAUGCUGUUCUUUUUGAAGAUCCUGCAUUUAAGGAAUAUGCUGAGAAGUAUGCAGCAGAUCAAGAAGCAUUUUUCAAAGAUUAUGCUGAGGCUCAUGCUAAACUUAGCAACCUUGGAGCCAAGUUUGAUCCUCCUGAGGGUUUCUCUAUUGAUGAGGGUACAUCACAACCUCAGCCAGAGAAGUUUGUUGCAGCCAAUUACUCAACAGGAAAGGUUAGCGAGCUCUCAGAAGCUAUGAAGCAAAAGAUAAGGGCAGAAUAUGAAGGAUUGGGGGGAAGCCCAGAUAAGCCUCUCCCGUCAAACUAUUUUCUCAAUAUUAUGAUCGUAAUAGGUGUCUUGGCUAUUUUGACAUCUUUGCUUGGAAACUAAGAUGAUUUGGAACUUUGUUGAUUUGCUUAUUUUGCGUGUUUAGCAUUGUUAUUAUGGGAAUCAUUUUUCCCAGUUAGUUUACAAAUCAUGGUACAGACUCUGCUACACCAGCACGCACGGUGGCUUUUGCUUUGGCAGAACGGAAA